CCUAACAUCUUUAUUUUAAACCCAGAAAAGUGACAGAGGAGUGUCUCCCCUACAAGAUGAUGACCAGCCCUCCAGACCUGAGCCCAGGUGUGAGUCCAAGGCCGCUGUACUGGGGCCAGACAGGGAGACUCGCUCUCAGGGACUUCCCAACCCGCACCAUCUUCUCCCUGCGGGGAUGGCGAGGGAGCGCGGGCCCGCCCCGGACCUGCCUCCGCGCUCGCGCUCGACGGUGUCCUGAAGCGCGCUCCCGGGGAGGUGUUGCAGCCAUGGCGACGGCAGCCGGCGCGGCCUACUUUCAGCGAGGCAGUCUGUUCUGGUUCACAGUCAUCACCCUCAGCUUUGGCUACUACACAUGGGUUGUCUUCUGGCCUCAGAGUAUCCCUUAUCAGAACCUUGGGCCCCUGGGCCCCUUCACUCAGUACUUGGUGGACCACCAUCACACCCUCCUGUGCAAUGGGUAUUGGCUUGCCUGGCUGAUUCAUGUGGGAGAGUCCUUGUAUGCCAUAGUAUUGUGCAAGCAUAAAGGCAUCACAAGUGGUCGGGCUCAGCUACUCUGGUUCCUACAGACUUUCUUCUUUGGGAUAGCGUCUCUCACCAUCUUGAUUGCUUACAAAGGGAAAUGCCAAAAACAAACUUGAAGUUGUCUGAAAGCUUGCUCUACACUUUUACAUUCAUCCUCACCUUUUUUUUGUGGGGUAGAGGAGGUGCAGUAUUUACUCAGUGAUCUUUCUACUUUCUGGAAACUGUCCUUCAAAGCUCUUUAAGACCCCAUCGUUAGUCAGUUUUUUCUCUUAUAUGCUCUGGUUGAGCUUGAAUAGACCAGUUAUUACUUAAGAAGAAACAGAGAAAGAUUUUAGCUUUUCAAUCCUAUUUGGCAGAGGACUUCAGCUACCUUCUUACGGUCUUUGGCUGUGUUGGUGCCCUCGUGUGCUCUGAGCUAAGCCACAUACUAAAUUGACUUUUUGGUUUGUAUACCCUUGCUCCCGCCUUCUGAUGAAAACACCUUACCCUCACAACCACCAUCUUUCCUCUGCUUUCCAAAGCUCUUUCCACCUUGCUGCACUAAGAUAAAGUGACACUUCCACUGUAUGUCAAUUCCACACACAUUUAUUAGGUACCUGUGAGGUAGGAUCCUGUCCUCUCAAACUUCCAUUUCUCAUGCUACAGAGAAAGAUAAGGAAGAUGAGCAAGUGCCUGGAAUGGGGCAGGCUGAGCGGUCACACAGGCAUAGAGGCACGCUGAGAACCCGGAGGGGAGACUGCAGAGUGCCUUCCCUGAUGCUGCUGCCGGAAGUGAUCCUUCGCUCCACCUGGCCUCUGGGACACUGUGCUCUGCAGUGUGCAGGGCCUGAUGGCACUGCUAGAUUUCUCCUUCAGCUCAGGGCCACAGCUUAAACAGCUUUACCUUUCCCUUCAGCACCUGUCCCACUAUCUUGCACACAGGUGCUCUAACCAUGUUUAUUGAACAAAAGAGGGAAACUGAUUUCACUUUCACUUGUUCAUUAUCAUUCCAAUUUUUAUGUGAAAAUGGCAUAACCCAUUUGGGGUACCGUCAUCCCAAAAGAAAAGCCCAAGUCUACCUUUGACUGGUACCACCUUUUUUGUGGGUUCCUUGGUGAGAAACCUUUUUCAUACCUUUCUAUUCUUAAUCACUUCUCCAAAAGUGUCUCUUUCCAGCUCUGAUUUAUUCAAAACACACAAGCAUUUCUGUUUAGAGAUUCUAGCCCAUGGGUUAUCUGGCUAGUUAUUACCUCUUCUGUUCACUUAGUUAUACUUUAUUAUUGCUCACAGGUUGGGGAGGCAGAAUGACUCUGUCACCACUAGGAGCCAUUAGGGCUUCUUCCCUGGAGGACUGCCUGCUUGCUUUCUGGGGACACUAGCCCUCAUUUCCCUUCAUACAAAUAACAGUGGGGCAAGUUAUUUGUAUUAAGCAAACAUUUAUGGGAAACAACCCCCUCCCCAAAACGGAGCCCCCAAGUAAAGCACAACCCUGAAAGAUUAUGAACUAUGAAUUGUCUCUAGUGGAGAUAAAUUUCUGUAAAUAUAUCUCAGUCUUCCCUCUGUUUCUCUGGUGAUUAAGAAGUUGCUUUUUGGUAAGGAAAAGGAUUUUUGACCAUAGAGUUAGGCAUCAUGGAAAUUCAAACCGGAUUUCUUAAUACCUGGUCUUCCUCAAAGAGAAAUAAUAACAGUAAUAGUGGUGCUGGGAACAAUAUGGCAGAUUAUUGAAUGAAAUGGAUUAACUUGAAUAAAAUGCUGUGAAUUAUCUCUA